GCGGGGGGUGCGCAGCGCAGAGCACCGCCGUUUAACAGCUCUCCCGAGAGGCCGACGCCGAGCCGAGGAGCUGUAGGUUUUUUUGUGAAGAGGAAGAAUAGCUCCGAGAGCGGCGGAGCGGCUAGGACUCAGCUGUGCGUGAGGUCUCGGCGCGCGUUCUCCCCCGCCGCCGCAGUGGUGCGUCCCGCGGCGCAUGCGCAGCGCGGGGCGGCGGCGCGACCGGACGCGGGGAGCGCGGAGGAGGAAGGCGAGAAAAUGGCGUCCACGGAUUACAGUACCUAUAGCCAAGCUGCAGCUCAGCAGGGCUACAGCGCGUACGCACCUCAGCCAGCGCAAGGAUAUGCACAGACCACCCAGACGUACGGACAACAGAGUUAUGGAACCUAUGGACAACCUACCGACGUCAGCUACACGCAGCCCCAGACGACUGCAACCUACGGGCAGACCGCGUAUGCGACCUCCUACGGGCAGCCUCCCACUGGCUACAGCGCACCGACCGCCCCGCCGGCGUACAGUCAGCCCGUCCCAGGGUAUGGCACAGCCGCCUACGAUACCAGCACCGCCACGGUGACCACCACCCAGGCCUCCUACGCCGCGCCCUCUGCCUACGGCACCCAGCCCGCCUACCCAGCCUAUGGGCAGCAGCCAGCAGCGCCUGCUCCCGCCAGACCCCAGGAUGGCAGCAAACCAGCAGAGACCAGCCAGCCGCCAUCAAGUACAACAGGCUACAGCCAGCCGAGCCUGGGGUACGGGCAGAGCAACUACAGCUACCCCCAGGUGCCCGCCAGCUACCCCAUGCAGCCGGUCAGCGCGCCGCCCUCCUACCCUCCCACCAGCUAUUCCUCCACACAGCCAAGCAGUUACGAUCAGAGCACUUACUCCCAGCAGAGCACCUACGGGCAACCGAGCAGCUAUGGCCAGCAGAGCAGCUACGGCCAGCAGAGCAGCUAUGGGCAGCAGCCCCCGCCGACCAGUUACCCGCCACCGACUGGCUCCUACAGCCAGGCCUCCAGCCAGUACAGCCAGCAGAGCAGCAGCUACGGCCAGCAGAGCUCAUUCCGUCAGGACCAUCCUAGCAGCAUGAACGUAUACGGACAGGAAUCUGGAGGCUUCUCAGGCCCAGGAGAGAGCCGGAAUAUGAGCGGCCCUGAUAACCGGGGCAGGGGAAGAGGGGGAUAUGAUCGCGGAGGCAUGAGCAGAGGUGGGCGGGGAGGAGGACGCGGUGGAAUGGGCAGCGCUGGAGAGCGAGGUGGCUUCAAUAAGCCUGGUGGACACAUGGAAGAAGGACCGGACCUUGAUUUAGGCCCUCCCAUGGACCCGGAUGAGGACUCAGACAACAGCUCCGUCUAUGUGCAGGGACUCAAUGAUAAUGUGACCCUCGAGGAUCUUGCAGACUUCUUCAAGCAGUGCGGGGCUGUCAAGGUGAACAAGAGGACCGGGCAGCCUAUGAUCAACCUCUACAUCAACAAGGAAACCGGCAAACCGAAAGGUGAUGCCACUGUCUCCUAUGAUGACCCAUCUACUGCCAAAACGGCUGUCGAAUGGUUUGAUGGGAAGGAUUUCCAGGGGAGCAAACUCAAAGUCAGCCUGGCACGGAAGAAGGGCCCGAUGAACAGCAUGCGAGGUGGGAUGCCACCCCGGGAGCAGCGGGGAAUGCCUCCCCCACUCCGUGGAGGUCCGGGGGGACCCGGUGGCCCAGGGGGUCCCGGUGGCCCAAGCGGCCCCAUGGGCCGGAUGGGAGGCAGAGGUGGAGGAGACAGGGGUGGCUUCUCCUCGAGAGGACCGCGGGGAUCCAGGGGAAACCCGUCCGGUGGGAGCGUCCAGCACCGAGCUGGCGACUGGCAGUGUCCCAAUCCGGGCUGUGGGAACCAGAACUUCUCCUGGAGAACGGAGUGUAAUCAAUGCAAGGCUCCUAAGCCAGAAGGAUUCCUUCCGCCCCCAUUCCCCCCUCCAGGUGGUGAGCGUGGCCGAGGUGGCCCCGGAGGGAUGCGCGGCGGGCGCGGAGGUGGCCUGAUGGAGCGUGGGGGACCCGGCGGCAUGUUCAGAGGUGGCCGUGGCGGAGACCGAGGCGGAUUCAGAGGAGGCCGCGGUAUGGAUCGAGGGGGCUACGGAGGUGGUGGCCGGCGAGGAGGAGGAGGAGGCGGCCCUGGGGGUCCCCCCGGCCCUCUGAUGGAGCAGAUGGGAGGAGGAGGCAGAGGCGGCCGGCGCGGAGGACCAGGAAAGAUGGACAAGGGUGAGCACCGCCAGGAGCGCCGGGAACGGCCCUACUGACCCCCUGCCGCUGCAGUUGUACCAGAUUUAUUUUUUAAACCAGAAAAAAACCAAAACAAAAAAAAAAAUCCAACGUUUUAAAUUUAUAAUUCCGUAUUUAUAAUGUUGGCCACAACAUUAUGCCGGCCCCUGCCCCGCAUUAGUCUCUCACCGUUGUGGAGAACCACUGCGCCCACUCUGGGCCGCCGCGUUCCCCCCCCUCCCCUCCCGCGGCUGUGACGCUGUUAACGGUUGUGACGGUUUUUUAAAUAAAAAUU